AUGUCAAACAACAAGAAGAUUGAACAGUGGGAAAUUGAGCGGUACUGGGAGAUCUUCUCCUCAUUGGCAAAUGGCCAGCCGCGUCUAAAUAGCUCCCAAGCGGCCUCAGUGCUCAGGAACAGUCGGCUUAGCGAUAAUCAGCUUGAGAAAGUAUGGGAUUUGGCGGACGUUGACGGCGAUGGAGAGCUGGACUUUGAGGAGUUCUGCGUUGCUAUGCGAUUAGUCUUCGACCUUGUCAAUGGGGAAUUACAAGAUGUCCCUCGAGUAUUGCCCGACUGGCUCGUUCCCGAGACCAAAGCCCACCUCGUCCAAGCUGGCCGUGCGCUGAGCGAUCGCCCAGAGCAAUUUGAGCGCAUAGAAGAUGAAGACGAUACACCAGGCUUGAAAGACGGCUUCGACUGGUACAUGAAACCCUCUGACAAAUCUAAAUACGAAGAGAUCUAUUCCGCCAACCGUAGCAACCGUGGCGAGAUCACAUUUGAUUCACUACAAGGCUUGUACGAUUCCCUUGACGUCCCAGAUACCGAUAUUCGCUCCGCAUGGAACCUAGUCAACCCCUCUGCCUCCCCCGCAAUCAACAAAGACGCCACCCUUGCCUUCCUGCACAUCCUCAACUACCGGCACGAGGGCUUCCGCAUCCCGCGCACCAUCCCCGCCUCGCUCCGCGCUUCCUUUGAGAACAACAAGAUCGACUACCAAAUCGACAACGCGCGCCCCGCACAAAGGUGGGGUGCAGACGGGGGCACGGAGACCCCAACAGGGCGCAAAGCCAAGUUCGGCGACACGUAUCUGAGCCGCUUAGGUGUGGGCGGAAAGGGCUCCUACACGCCCAAGGGCACGGACUUCAGCGACACAAUCCAGGACGAAGAAUGGGAGAAGGUGCGUCUGCGGCGCGAGCUCGGGGAGCUGCAGGCCAAGCUUGAUGCUGCCAAUAAUGCCUCCGAAGGGCGCAGGGAUCGGCCCCGGAACGACGGGCGGCCUAACUGGACCCUCAUUAAGAAGGAGGCUCUUCAGCUUCUGGAAUACAAAGAGCGUGAGCUCCGGGAGCUGCGAGAAGGCACGGGCAGAGCGAAGGCGGGUCAGGAUCUGGAGCGGUUACGGGAGGACAUCAGGACCGUCGGGGAUCAAGUUGAGGGGUUGAAGAGCCAUCUCGCGCAGCGAAAAGAAGUCCUUGCUGAUUUAAGGAGUCAGAUUGAGGAGGAAAGGGCGCAGCGGUAA